AUGACGUUAGGAGAUUUUCUUAAAACAUUGCUUGUAGCUAAAGCAUAUAAAGAGUUGGCUUCUUACUUUGAAGAUGAGAAAGACAGUGAAUACAUACAGUCAACAUUAUGCAAUGCUCUAAUCAGAUUUACAUAUUUCAUCAAAGUGACGUAUACAUCAAGUAGACAAAAACUCUUGCAAUUUUUUAUCCAUGGUGCUGCUAUCUUGUGCAAAAAGUGUGAGAAAGGUGCUAAUAUUAUUAUACCAAUAUUUAUGGGCAAAGCUGAUACUUCAUUAGAUGCUAACAGAAUCUCUUACAUUUUGAUUCAAGUGAAAAAUUUACAAAAUGAUACAUGGGAUGAUACAUACUCGUCUUCAGUAAUAAGCAUUUUAUCACCUGCUCGUAUUGGCAUUAAAGAUUUACCGUAUAUUUCAUUUUUAUCUAUUUAUAUGCAGCUUCGUUCACAAUCUAAGCAAUUUGAGAUACUAAGUUCACUAACAUUACAUACUAAAAGGGAAGCCACACAGCUCAAGCGUAUCAUCAGCGAAGUUGGUAACAAAUAUCUUACACAAGAUGACUUUUUUAAGAAAGUACGCUUGAUGCCUUCAGGAGAAUCUGCCAGUGCAUCAGAAAUUAGCGCAAUUCACAAUCAUUUCCAAGUUGCAUUUUCAUUGUUUGGACUGUCUCUUGAUGUUUAUGCAUGUUUAACACAUGAACUUACUCAUGCAUUAGAGAAAUUGUUAGUAAUAUCAAUGGAUGUUCUUGAUAAGUUUAUAGAUGAGGAUGAUAAGCGAAGGAUUAUAAGAAUAUUACUAUUACAAUAUAGGUGA